UAUGAUAUGGAUCAGAAACUGUCAAAGUUGGUGGAAGAGCUCACAACUUCAGGUGAACUCCAACUGAAUCCUCAGAAAAUGAAGGAACUGAAGAAAACUUGCAAGUCUUCCGAGGAGCAGCUGAGCCACGCCUACCGCCUGCUGAUGACACAGCUGACCCAAGACCAUGCAGAGAUCCGCCUCUCAGCCUUCCAGAUCAUGGAUGAGCUCUUCUCCAGGUCUCAUCAGUUCAGGAUGCUGCUCAUUUCUGACUUCCAGGAAUUCCUGGAGCUCACUCUGGGCACAGACCACGACCAGUCCCUGCCACCCCCACGGGAGGUGGCCCAGAGGCUGAGGCAGGCAGCCAUGCAGGCUGUGGAAAGUUGGAAUGAAAAGUUUGGGGAGGCCUAUAAGAAGCUAGCUUUGGGCUACCACUUCCUAAGACACACCAAAAACGGUGGAUUUUCAGGAUGUGAAUGCUAGGACUGUGGCAGAAAGAAAGCGAGAAGAAGAGAAACAGAAGCACAUGGAUAAAAUCCACAGAGAAAGUGCCGAGCGUGCUGAGAGGGAGAUGGAAGAAAUGUCUGAUGAAAUUAGAUGCUGCCUGACAGAAGUGGAGAACUGCUUCAGGUUGCUGGUGCCCUUGGAAUUACUUGACGAGGUGCCUGACACAACGGAGGGCUGUGUUCCUUGCUCCUUGAGCCCAGGCUGGGUAGCCCC